GCCAGCAGAUGUACUAUGGACAGAGAGGGUGUGGCCAUAGUUUCACCUGAGAACAAAGUGAGCAAGCUUCACCAGUACUGCAACACUGCCAGGCCUCAAAGGACGUACUUUUACGUUGGAUUAUUCUUUCACUUUAAGAGUUACAAUGGACCCUGUAUUCACAAGCGUGAGGCUAAAGGUGGCUGUGCUUAUUCUGGUAACAAUUCAGCUGAGGACAGAUGUAACAGAGGCAAUGCAGGUGACAUCCUCUGGUUCACAGACCAUUCAAAAAGCCCAGGGGGAGACAGUCAUCCUGGGAUGCACCUACACUGCCGCCCCCACAGACAUAGGAGACCUGGAUAUUGAGUGGUACAACGUAAAACCGGACAUGACGCAGAAAGAUCAACUGAUCUUAUCGUACACAGGGGGUCAGAUACACCAAUACGGCGACCCCAGCAUCUCCAAAAGGAUCAACUUCACAGUGGACCCCACUUUGGGAGAUGCUUCCAUGUCUAUGUCUAAUCUGAGGGGCUCAGACACAGCCACCUACCAGUGUAAAGUCAAGAAGGGCCCGGGUGUUGACAUGCGAAAAGUCAGUUUGGUGGUGUUGGUUCCCCCGUCAGAGACAAGGUGUUGGGUUGAAGGAGGCGAGGAGAAAGGUGCCCCAGUCUCCCUCCGCUGCAAAUCGUCCCAGGGGUCCACUCCUCUCAGUUACGUGUGGACCAGAGAAAGUGGAGGUGCAAUGCCAUCUACUGCAACCCAAAACCCACAGACUGGGGAGCUUUUGAUAAAGAACCAUACAGACAGCAACGUUGGAAGUUAUGUGUGUGAGGCGAGUAACGCUGUUGGCAAAGCACAGUGUAAAUAUGCACUGCGUGCAUACAACCCUACCAACAAGGUGGGUGUCAUAGUUGGGGCGGUGAUAGGCGCUCUCUUGCUGCUGCUCCUCCUCCUGCUUCUCAUCUGGCUCCUGGUCUGCUGCUGCCAUAAGCGCCGCUAUCAGAAAGAGGUCUCAAAUGAAAUAAGGGAGGACGCCAGGGCCCCUGAGAGUAGACCCACCAGCAGAAACUCCAGUUUCCGCUCAGUGUUGGGGUACCGCACCCACCCCGGGGUGGAGUACAGCUCCGUGAGGAGCCACCUGCCCAAUGAACUGGGCUCAUCACAGCUAAAUACUGCAGGGGGAAGUCCUCUGCCUCUCAAAUACGACCAUCGAUAUGGAUACCCUGUGUAACUACAAUCCAAAUGCCUGAAAGUCUUUUUUCAGUGUGAAACUAAACCUUCUGAAGAAAACCCUUUUUUAAACAUCUUUUAAAGAAUAUGCUAUGUAAAGUAUGUAUAUGACAAAUGGUGCGAAAGGACAUAUUUAACUGGAGAAUUAUGGUGCUGGUAAACGACUACUGGGGACUCACAUCUUACAUCAGCCUUUGGAGAAAUAAAUGUAUAACUGGCUGACUUUCAGUAUACUGUGGCACAUUAUUACAAAAAGAAUAGGUUCUCAUAAUCCAAGUCAUUAUUACACUGAUUCUACUAAAACUGUAUGUAAAUUGUAUAUGUAAAAAAAAAAAACAUUUAUUUUUAUUGCUGCGUUUUUUAUAUGAUGCAUAUUUAGCUCAAUCAAGUUUUGUACAAUAAAAAAGAUUUUAGAUGACAAAUCAGUGUGAAGAGAAUACCAUUUUAAUCCUAUCUUUGUGUCAUGGCACCAUCUUUUUUUGCUUGAUGAUAUCUGGGCUGACGAAACCUAACAGAAUCACAUUUGGAACACAUCUCCCGCUGCCAGGAUGCAACAGUAGUUAUCUCUCUGAAAAAGAUGAAACUGAAUUGAAUGAGUUGUAUUUUCAUCACAAUGAAAUCAGACAUAAAACCUGUGAAAUUAUCUAUAUGGUCACAAGUUUAAAUACCACUUAGUUAGAGAGGGUCAUUGUGUUUAGGAAUUUGGAGAUUGCAACAACUGGGUGUUGCAGUUAUGAGUGAUCUUGGUGCAUAAUCAUGGUCAGACAAACAAUCUGUCUGUUUUCAUGGCCAGCUGAUUGGAGUACAGCUAUUUCAAGGGCUAUAUAAUAACAUAAAUUCAAACUUUGAGCUUUGAGUCAGAAUGUUGGAAGACAGUGAAGUUGAUUUUGCCUCUGAUCCUCUUAUGUGCUUUGGCCUCCUGGAAUAUUUUUCAUUUGAAGAACAAAGUGCUGCAAAA